AUGGAUGGAGUAAUCUCGUGGAGUGAAUUCUACAGAGCUGGUGGUGCUUUUAUGGAGAGAUGGAAUAGAUUGAAUUCGAGUUUGCCACCAUGGUCAUGGGUGUCUUCUUCUUCUUCUUCGAAACAACACUUGAAUCUGGGUGUUGCUUCGUCCCAGUCUCAUCAUCAAAAUCAAAUGAAUGGAUACUUAGUCCAAGAAAAGCUAUGCCUUCCUGUUCAUAACUCAACAACACAAAGAGAUGGCACUUUUCAGGAAGACCUUGAUAUGGAAGAGGAGAUCACCUUCACUGAGGAAGAAGAACCUGUUGAUAGUGCGACAUUGGUUGAAAGCAAUAAUGGUGUUGGAGUACAUUACUAUGAUUUCCAUAUAGUCUACAGUGCUUCAUAUCGAGUUCCAGUGUUAUACUUUCGUGCUUACUGUAUUGAUGGGCAACCUUUGAAACUGGAAGAGAUUGAAAAAGACUUACCUUCAUCCUCAUCCAAGGUUUUGGUGGAAUCAAAGUGGACCUUCAUAACUCAGGAGGAGCAUCCAUACUUGAACAGACCAUGGUACAAGUUACAUCCAUGUGGGACGAGUGAGUGGAUGAAGUUGCUUUUUCAAAGUGACACGUGUGUAGCUAAACAUGGUUUAUCAAUUGAACUAUAUCUGUUUUCAUGGCUAUCGGUAGUUGGCCAAGUAUUUGGUCUUAGAAUCCCACCUGAACUGUUCAAUCAUCAACAUCAAUUGUGAUUAAAACAUUAGAGUGAAAUAACCUAAAAAUGAAUCUAUUCUUUCUCAUGCUUGUAUUGAAGUAUCUAUUUCUUUAGUGAAUUCCAAGAUAUAAUUGCAUUGCA